AUGUCAUCGGUUGAAAACAUCCUCGUUCUUGGAGCUGGCGAAUUAGGCACCGAGAUCCUCCUCUCGCUUGCGCAACAUCCUGCACUUUCUACCAGAACACACAUUUCCGUUCUUCUUCGUCCGUCGUCGAUCGCCUCCCCAGGCCCUGCUAAAGCGGCGGAACUGGAAAGGCUGAAAGCCAACAACAUUACCCUUGUCCCAGCCGACAUCUCAACCUCGUCGCAGUCAACCCUAUCAUCACUCUUCAGCGCCUAUGAUACAAUAAUCUCAGCCACCGGCUUCUCCGCCGGCCGCGGGACACAGCUGAAACUGGCAAGAGCCGUCCUCGAUGCGAGGGUGCCGCGAUAUAUACCCUGGCAAUUUGGAGUCGACUAUGACAUCAUCGGCCGCGGGUCAGCGCAAGAUCUAUUCGAUGAGCAGCUUGCUAGGGCUUUCGGGGUUGUGGAUACGGAGAAGGGCGUCGUUACCGCAUUAGGGAGCUGGGAGAAUCGAGUUACUGUUACGGGCCCUGCGGAUAUUGGGCGCGUUACGGCGGAAAUUGCUCUUGAGGAGUCAUUUGGGGAUCCGGAUAACAUUGUCUAUGUUGCUGGGGAUACGGUGUCGUAUGGGCGGUUGGCCGAUAUUGUAGAGAGUGUUAUGAGGAGGGCUUUCGAGAGGAGGGUCAGGACUGUAGAUGCCGCAAAGAGGGACCUGGCCCAGGAUCCCGAGAACGGGCUCUUAAAGUACCAGAUCGUGUUUGGAGAGGGGAGGGGCGUUGCCUGGAACGCAGAGGAGACGUGGAAUGCUCAUCGGGGGAUGCGUCUUCAGACGGCGGAAGAGUGGGCGCGAGAGAACUUGGUCUAA